AUGCUUGCACCUAGCCGGAGCAAGGUACUCGAGAAGGCGAUCUCGGGCACCGCCGUAACACUCCCCGGCUUCCUCGUCCCGGCCUUCCAAGCCUCGCCGCGCCGACAAUUCUCCAACACAGCUAGCAAAUCCUCGAAGCUGGGUCGCACCCCCUUAUCGAUUCCUCCCGGCGUUGAGAUAAUCAUUGGAGACCCCAUAGCGAAGAAAGACCCUACGACUUAUUUAAGGAUAGCGAAGCGCAUUGCCACCGUCUCGGGACCAUUGGGAAAGCUCGACCUAGAGAUCCCCCCGUUCCUCACUAUCCAUAAUGACGAGGCGGCGAGGAAAGUCUCGCUCACCAUUGAGAAUGCGAACUUAAAGCAGCAAAAGGAGAUGUGGGGGACGACAUGGGCAUACCUCAAUCGCUAUAUUAUGGGCGUAUCAGAAGGACACACCGCAAUCUUGAGGCUGGUUGGAGUGGGUUAUCGAGCGACUGUCGAAGAACGGCCGAAAAAGGCACAAUAUGAAGGCCAGAAGUUUGUUUGUCUGAAGCUCGGCUUCACACACCCCGUCGAGGAACCAGUACCCCUCGGCGUAAAGGCUAGCACGCCGCAACCUACAAGAAUAUUGCUCGAGGGUAUCGACAGAGAACAGGUCAUGAGUUUUGCAGCACAGAUCCGGAAGUGGAGGCGGCCGGAGCCAUACAAGGGUAAGGGUAUCUUCGUUAAUGACGAGACUAUCAAGCUCAAGCAAAGGAAGAUCAAAUAA